UCAGAUGUAGAGGUGUGAAACAUAACCGAAACUAAUCUCAGCCAUGCUGUGAAAGUCUAACGUUAAGUUUUGUGUAAAAUGUCCAAACAAAAUUACGUGUGAAAUUCGUACAUCAAAAUUUAGUUCGUUACGCGCACACAAAGUCUUUACAUAACCACCAACCCACCACACCAAGCGCAAUUCCCCACAUCCCCAGCCUGGAUUACUGCAGAAAGCGGUCUGUUGCGCAUUGAAGCAGAGAUGGCACAGCAGCAGGAGCAGCAUCCGCAUCAGCAGCAACAGUCGCAGCAGCAACAGACGCAACCGCAACAGACGCAACCGCAACCGCAACCGCAACAACAGCAGCAGCAGCUAUCGGAGGCGACCGCCUUGCGGCUGCUCAACAGCGUUGUGGCUGGCGCUGUCACGCCCCAGACAUUGGCAACGCCCCACGUCCAGAUGCAGAAUCCAAGCGAGGCGGGCGGCACGUGUGGCAUAGCUGGGGGCAGCACCGGCGGCAGCACCGGCGGCACCGGCGGCAGCAGCGGCGCCGGCGGCGGCGGCGGCGGCGGCGGCGGUUGUGUUGGUGCCACACAGCUGGGACUCGUAUUGCCAACAUCCGGGCCGGGUCAGGCAUCGCAGGAGAGCGUCCACUCGGCCAAUGAAUUUGGCAAUUCGUGCCGCAUUUGUCGCUGGAAUCGCAGCGACAUGGAGAUCAUCAACUGUCCCUGCAAGUGCAAGGGCAGCGUGGGCUAUAUACAUCUGAAGUGCCUGAAGCGUUGGAUAAUGCAUAGACGGGACAAUCGCUGCGAGAUCUGCAAUGCCCCGUUCAACAUAACCGCGGAUCGGGCGAGCGUUAAGCAAAUGGUGCGCGCCUUCUGCUGCGGCCGCUGCUGCGGCAUGAUCGUGAAGCAUGUGCUGUUCAGUGCCUCGCUAAUGCCGCUCGCCCAUGUCAUUCUGCAGCAGGUCCUGCAUUGCAUGGAUAAUCUAAAUCAGGGCAGCACGGAGCAGCUAACGGUACAGGAGGUAUUUGUCGCUUCCUGUGCACUGCUCACGUCCAGUGCCCUAUUCUUUCAUUUCUUUGAAUUUGUGACGACCCGCUUCUUGCUCAUACGCAAUAUACUGCGGCAUUGGUGGAUGUUCGGCAGCACCAACGAUUUUGGGCUAGUGGAGGUUGAAGACGAUUCCUUUGACCUGUUUUAGGGUACAAAAAAUUAUAUUUAAAAAAAAAAGAAGAAGAAGAAGAGAGAAGAGAAAAAAAUAACAGACAAAAAGUAAAUCAAGCUGGCAGCUUUAUCUUUAGAUAAAUUAAUCAAAAUAGGUUGAUUGCCGCCUAGCUAUACGAGUAGGCCGUAUUAUUCAUUCUUUUUUUCUUUCUUUCAGUAUAAACAAAUAUUUAGUAACAAAAUCAAAAUUGUGAAGUUGAUCAAUAAAACAAAGACUAGCAUAACGGCAUUCGGUUGAAAACCAUGCAAAAUUGCACUGCCCAACAUAUCGAUCAGAGUGACAGGCACACACCAGCGUUAUGUAUGUAGCAGCCACUGAUUCAAUAAAUAACUAAAAUCUA